UACAACACCAUUGAUACCUGUACAGAGACAAUUGACACAGAAGCAGCAUGCAGUCUGUCUGAGGAUGUCAUUCUGCCCUGGGAAGCGCAAGGAGAUGUGGUGAACCUGCGCACAAAGAGGCGACUUUUUGACCAGGUUAUGCUGGUCAGGCGUAUGGAAGAGAAGAAAGUCAUCAUUGUGAAGGAGAUGACCCAGCAUUGUCAAAAUCUGAGGCAGGCACUGGACAAACUGGACCACCUCCUUCAUCAGACAAAAGACGACAUCAGGAACCAAAUUUCUCCAAGCGAUAUAACAGAAGAGGGAUACAGGGGACUGCACUGCUGUCUUUUACACCAUCAAUAUCUUCUGGAGCAGAAACUGAGCAGAGUCACCAGCACCUACAGCUGUAUUGGCACGGACUCGUCUUUUCUCAUGAUGGAGGAAGACAUUGAAGACGGUGAUGAGGACAAUGAACAGGACGGUGAUGAGGACAACGAACAGGACGGUGAUGAGGACAACGAACACGACGGUGAUGAGGACAACAAACAGGAAGGUGAUGAGGACAACGAACAGGACGGUGAUGAGGAUAACAAACACGACGGUGAUGAGGAUAACAAACAGGAAGGUGAUGAGGACAACAAACAGGACGGUGAUGAGGACAACGAACACGACGGUGAUGAGGACAACAAACAGGACAACGAACAGGACUUAACAAGUCUAUUGUAUUGUGUUGUAUGCAUGUGAACGUAUUAAAACGAGUAUUACGAUUUAA